AUGAACACGCUGUUACUCCCUCCGCCACAACUCCACCUCCGCUCCCACAUCCCCCGCCCGCCGUCCUUCCUCAGCCACCGCCACUGCCGCCACCUCCUUCCCUCCGCCUCCUCCCACCAUGACUUCACCCUCCCGGCCGCCGUCAAUGGACACGAGCAGGAUCCCUACGACGUCGCUCGGCUCCCCAACCCCUACUACGACUUCGCACCGCUCCUCGAUUUCCUCUCUACCCGCUACAAACCACCCCACCCGGCCCGGCCGGACCCGCCCACCGCCCUCGACCCGUCGGAGCUCAGCCUCGCCGAGUCCUACUGCGCCGUCCCGGCACCCCUAUGGCACUCCCUCAUCAAAACCCUAUCCUCCUCGCCGUCGUCCUUCUCCACCGCCUUCGCCCUCGUCACCUGGCUCCAGCGCCACAACCUCUGCUUCUCGUACGAGCUGCUCUACGCGAUCCUUAUCCACGCCCUAGGACGAAGCGAGAAAUUGUACGAAGCCUUUCUGCUAUCUCAGCGCCAGAGCCUGACUCCGCUAACUUACAACGCCCUAAUUGGGGCCUGCGCCAGGAACGACGACCUUGAGAAGGCACUGAAUCUAUUGGAGAGGAUGCGCCGGGACGGGUACCAAUCCGAUCUCUUCAAUUACAGCCUAAUUAUUCAGUCCCUGAUGCGAAACAGCACCAUCGACGUCUCCAUACUCGAUAAAUUGUACGGGGAGAUGGAGUCCAGCAGGAUCGAAUUAGACACUAAGCUGUUUAAUGAUAUAAUCUUAGGGUUUGCCAGAGCCGGUGACAUUGAUCGGUCCAUGUACUUUCUAGGAAUGAUGCAGGGGAAAGGGCUGAGCCCGAAAACGAGCACGGUUGUGGCCGUUGUAAAGGAGCUUGGUACUUCGGGCAGGGUCGACGAGGCAGAGGCCAUUUUUGAAGAAUUAAAAGAAGGCGGGCUAGAACCCAGGACCAGUGCCUAUAAUGCCCUCCUGAGAGGGUAUGUGAAAAUCGGGGCCUUGAAGGACGCCGAGUACAUUGUGUCGGAAAUGGAAAAAAGUGGUGUUUUGCCAGACGAGCACACAUAUAGCUUGCUAAUCGACGCGUAUGGUAAUGCCGGGAGAUGGGAGAGCGCAAGAAUCGUCUUGAAGGAAAUGGAAACAAACAAUGUAAAACCCAACUCGUUCGUUUUCACUCGGAUUUUGGCUAGCUACAGGGACAGGGGCCAGUGGGAGAGGUCGUUCCAGGUUCUCAAGGAGAUGAAGAGCUGCGGGAUCAAGCCCGGCCGGCAGUUCUAUAAUGUGAUGAUAGAUACUUUUGGGAAGUAUAAUCGCCUAGACCACAUGAUGGCCGCUUUCAAGAGGAUGAAGAGGGAGGGGUUCGAGCCAAACACGGUGACUUGGAACACGCUUAUAGACUGCCACUGUAAGCAGGGGCAUCACGAUAAGGCGGAGGACUUGUUUGGGGAGAUGCUGGAGAAUGGGUGCUUGCCUUGUGCGACAACUUAUAAUAUUAUGAUUAACUCGUUUGGGAGGCAAGAGAGGUGGGAUGAUGUGAAGGGAUUGGUUGGAAAGAUGAAGGGUCAGGGUUUGCUGCCGAAUGUGGUGACUUACACGACGCUUGUGAAUAUUUACGGGCAGUCAGGGAGGUUUAAUGAUGCAAUGGAGUGCUUGGAGGAGAUGAGAUCAGCCGGGCUGAGGCCCUCAUCGGCAAUGUAUAAUGCGCUGAUCAAUGCAUACGCGCAGAGGGGAUUAUCUGAGCGAGCCGUAAAUGCAUUCAGAGUAAUGAGAGGUGAUGGUUUAAAACCCACUCGUCAAGCUCUUAAUUCCCUGAUUAAUGCUUUUGGAGAGGACAGAAGAGAAUUGGAAGCUUUUGCUGUGUUGCGGUACAUGAAGGACAAUGACUUGAAACCUGAUGUCAUUACUUAUACCACACUAAUGAAAGUGCUAAUUCGUGUGGAGAAAUUUGAAAAGGUCCCAGCCGUUUUUGAGGAAAUGCUUGCAUCUGGGUGUACCCCAGACAGUACAGCAAGAGCAAUGUUGAGGUCUGCUCUAAAAUACAUGAAGUCUACACUAAAACGGUAG